GCCCAUGGAUAAGAUUCAGGCGGUGCUAAACUUGCACCUGCAGCAUCCCCGCGCGCUGGGCUACGGCCUGGUGACGCUCCUGACGGCGGGCGGGGAGCGCCUGUUCUCCGUCGCGGUGUUCCAGUGCCCCUGCAGCGCCGCCUGGAACCUGCCGUACGGCCUGGUCUUCCUGCUGGUGCCCGCGCUGGCGCUCUUCCUGCUGGGCUACGUGCUGAGCGCGCGCACCUGGCGCCUGCUGACCGGCUGCUGCGCGCGCGGCGCCCGCCCCGGGGGCUGCGGGCCGCGGCUGCGGGCCGCCCUGGUGUGCGUGCAGCUCAGCGCCACCGCCGCCGUCGCGCCGCUCACCUGGGUGGCCGUGGCGCUGCUCGGGGGCGCCUUCUACGAGUGCGCGGCCAGCGGGAGCGCCCCACUGGCGCGGCUGCUGUGCCGGGGCCGCGACGCCGCCUGCGAGGCCCAGCUGCCGCUGGCGCCCUGCCACCAGGCCCGGGCGCCCGACGCGCAGGACCUCCUGAAGGAGCUCAAGGCCCAGUCUCAGGUGCUGGGCUGGAUCCUAAUCGCAGUUGUUAUCAUCUUCCUUUUGAUUUUUACAUCUAUCAUCCGAUGCCUAUCUCCAGUUAGUUUUCUGCAGCUGAAAUUUUGGAAAAUCUAUUUGGAACAGGAGCAGCAGAUCCUUAAGAGUCAAGCCACAGAGCAUGCGACAGAAUUGGCCAAAGAGAAUGUUAAAUGUUUCUUUGAGUGCUCACAUCCGAAGGAGUACAAUACCCCAAGCAUUAGAGACUGGCAGCAAAUUUCAUCACUAUAUACUUUCAAUCCAAAGGAGCAGUACUAUAGCAUGUUGCACAAGUAUGUUCAUAGAACAGAGAAGAGUGAGAGCAUCAAAUCUAAAGAAGGAGAUACAGUGAUUCCCAUUCUUGGCUUUGUGGAUACACCUGGUAUGCACACUACUGCUGACUUAUGACCUUAUUAAUGGAUAUGAGGAAAGUUCUUUUGAGUUAUCGCUUCGUUUUUAAAAAAUAAACUUUGGUAUUUUUGUGACUUUUUUUCCGAUUUUUCAAGUUGUGGAAACAAUUUUAAAUCAAAUAAAAAAUUGAGAACUUUA